ACGACGUGCCCAUACAGAGACCGCGCGAUCCUCGCGCUCAUCCCAAGCACACAAUCCAUGGCGAGUAUCUGGGCCCUUGGUAAGCGCCAUCCCUGCAGUCGAGAGAUGUCAGUCUAAAGACCUCUGAGCGAAACUGUAACUAUUGACCGUGCCAGCAGUAGCGUGUCUCCAGAUGUUCCAGUGAAUGUCUGGCUUAUUGAAAUAUCUUCGCAUUCAAGUAUAAAUAUCCAUAAUAGUUCGAGGUCUGAGUUUUGCUGAAAUUUUGGUGGAGUCUCCCACGAGCGAUCCGCUGAGCACUUCGACCGAAAGUAUCAGUUCUGCUAGUUUCGGGCUGCCAGAAAGCUUUGUGGAACUCAGGAGUCUGAUCGAACAACUGGCCGUAGCCAUGGCACUUUCUUCGGCGUGCCUGUGCGCCACGCAAGCGCAGGGAACCUUGAUUUUGUCGCCAAUUUCAGCAUCUCAGCGCUGCAAAUCUGGAAGUCUUUGUGUGCCCAAAUUCGCUUCAGGUGUGUUUGAUUAUGGUUUACAGUGUGAAACCUUGAAGCGGUCUACGCCCACUAAGAGCAGAUUUUCUGCCGGGCUCACGGUGAGGGCGUCUGUCGCAGUGGAAGGAGCUCCAGCGAGAGCCGAUCGUUCUCAAUUGAAGGCGGAUUUGCUUGCUGUAGUGGCAGGACUCGACAGAGGAUUGGUUGCUGAUGAAGCCGAUGCAUUCGCUGCCAAUGCUGCAGCACUAAAGCUGGAAGCAGCAGCAGAUGCUCCACAGCUGCCUGAAGAUUUGGACAAGUUGCAAGGCAGAUGGCGUCUUGUUUUCAGCAGUGGAUUUGGCUCCGGAAGUUAUGGCGGGCAGCGUCCUGGACCUUCUAUCGCUCGAUCUCCUCUCUCUCUUGGCUCGGUAUAUCAAAGGAUAGAUGUUGCUACUCGGGAGCUUGAUAACAUCGUUGAUUUAAGAGUUCUUGCACCAUGGCCUUUACCUGCUCUCGAGGUUACUGCAACCUUGGCACACAGCUUUGAGCUAGCAGGUGGAUCGAAAAUAAGAUUAAUCUUCACGAAUACAUACGUGAAGCCAGCAGGUGGUCUCUCACAGAUACCUGCAUUUGGGUUGCCAAGAUUGCCACAGUUUGGAAGUGGUAAUGUUAGCAGGGGCAUGGGGGAAUUUGAAACGACCUACUUGGAUGAGGAUUUUCGUAUCAGUCGCGGUGACAGAGGAGAGUUAAGGAUUUUUGUCAAGGUGUAAAUAGUCAUCAAAGUUGUGAAGCUGUGUAUAUUGGAAUUGUGGAUUAGAAUAACCAUUCGCCGAGAAGUCUGUACGGACUCAAGUGGACUGAAAUGUAAUAUAAUCUGUGGCGCAGUUUCUCGUUUUCCAUUGUGGUAUAUCAGCAAAUAUUUGUAGCAAUGUUGACAAAACUGUAUAGCGACGUUCUGACCUAAGAAGCAAUAUUUGCGCAACGUGAGAAAAUUUAACAAGAAUUGUUAAUCAGGAUGAAGGAGAUUGUUUUUUACCCCAGGCACCGUUUUAACAGCAAAAAUCACAGAAGGUAUAUGACAUUUAUACGACAUGUAACGGACGUAUUGAAGAUGAUGCAACAGUCAGAUUAUUAUAAUGAACAUUGUCAAGAUUAAUACAAUUACAUUUCAUUGCUCUAUUUUCCUCUUCUCAUUUACACUAAACUG